AUGAUUCAAACUCAUUGGAAUUUCGCUUUUCCUACAAAUCUUGAAUUAAACGGACUCGAAUCUACACUUGAAAGGUUUGCGAAUUAUCCAGCUUCUACAAUAAAAGACGAAAUAAUUUCAAGAUUAGUAGGAGAAGUAGGGAUCCAAGGACGUUUAUUUCGUACAUUAUCAAAAGCAAGUUUAACGCGAUAUCAAGGAACAAUUUCAACGUCAACUACAAACAUAAUUCAAACGAUUGAAAAAUUCAAAAAUUCGGAUUUAAAAGUGAACUCUUUAAAUACAAAAUCAGAUUUAACGCUCGCUGAAUUGUUAAAAGAAUGUGACUUAAUUAGGAGUGGUUAUGGUGAUAUUUCAAUUUCUUUACAAAGGAUUUCAACAAAUAUUCAAUCUCACAAGUCUACGAUACAAAGUGAAAAGGAUUCACUUGUACAAUCGAUUGAAAAUUUAAGAUAUCAUGCAAGAAAUGAAAAGUUGGACGCUAUAAAAUCCGGUAUAAUUGCAGGUUUCGGUGUUGGAAGUUUAUCAAAUGCCACGACUUUUAUGUUUGUACCUCAAUUUGAUUGUGGUUUAACUUUGUUCGCCACGAUUUUCACAGGAGGAUUGAUGGGUUGGUAUUUUGGUAAUAAGAUGAGUUUUAAACUUAAACAAGAAGCGGUAUUUAAAGAACAACAACUUGAACAUAUAAAGAAAACUACUCGGUAUAUUGACGGUGUCAUAGAUGAUAUUAAGGUGUUCAAUGAUGGGGUGGGCUUAUUUGAAACGUUUUGGAGAAGGCAGUUUGAUCACGUGAUGGCCACGCAAGGAUUUAUUGCGAAAGCGAGAAAAGGAGAUGUGCAAUUAAAUAAUCUUACCAUACAAUCAAUGCUGAUUUCUUGGACACAUGCGAAGAAUGCUUUAGAUAAUUAUGAAAAGUCCACUCAGUUUAUUAGUUAA